AGAACUAUAUGCGAGGUUUCUCCUCACUCACUCUUUCUCUCCCCUCUUUCGAUCCCCUCCAUCUCCCUCUCUUUCUUCCUCAGUGUUCUUGAUAAAAACAGAAACUUUCACUCCAUCUCUUGCGGAUCCAGGACUUUCUUCGCCCAGCGAUCGAGUUGCAUAUAUACUUUUAUGAGAUGGGGAGCAGCGGAGGUGGACAGGCUGUCCCGCCGCCGCCGUCGGUAGUUUGCUGCAUGUGCGGCGAUCGAGGUCUUUCUAUAGAGCUUUUUCGAUGCAAGGUCUGCCUCUUCAGAUCCCAACACAAAUAUUGCAGCGAUCUCUACCCGAAGACAGAGACAUAUAAGGCAUGUAACUGGUGCUUAAGGGAGGAGAGAGGCAAAGCGGUCUCCCGUGAUCAGUUGGCGACAACAAGCGAAAACAGCUCCAGCCCAUCGGGCAAUGGUAGCGGAUCCUUGGGAUGGAAACUGCAGCGCGGAGCUCCUCCGCUUCAGCUGAGCAAGCCCGUCAAGAAGCAGAGAGUGCCGGAGCGAGCGGCGACUUCGUCGGAGAAAAUGACAACGGAGCAGGAGCUGUCUCCGGGGACUGGAAGGGUUCGUCAGACCUUCAGAGGUAAGGUCAGGAGAUACAAACUUCUUGAGGAGGUUUCCAGCUAGAUCCCAAUAGUAACGAAAUGCUUUGUAAAUGGGAAUGAAUGGUUACGGUUGAUGCCCUGUGGGAAAGGGGAUUGAGAGAGAGGGAGAAGAAGGGGGGAGAAGGGUGCUUAAUUAGGGUGAUAGGCUGUAUUUUCUCUAAAUAGUAAUAAUAACGUGGUUUGCGAAA